AUGUCCAAGUCCCUCUUCUUGCGGAAUGCAGCGGCACUAGGGGCUCAUGACGAGUAUUUCAGGCAGAGACCCAAUGCGGUUGGGGCUCUUGGCGGCUCUCCCAUUCAGAAGGCAGCUGCAGCUCUCAGAAUGCUUGCCUAUGGAGUUUUGGCAGAUUUCUUGGAUGAGUGUGUAAGGUUGGGAGAGAGUACCCUUAUCGAGUGCUUGCAGCACUUUUUCAGAGGAGUUGUUGAUGUCUUUGGUGAGGAGUACCUAAAGGCCCCCAAUGUCGAGGACACACUGAGGCUAAUGGCCAUGAACACCACAAGAGGAUUCCCCGAAAUGCUUGGUUCCGUGGAUUGCAUGCAUUGGAGAUGGGACAAGUGCCCAACAACGUGGAAAGGGAUGUACACAGGCCACAAGGAAGGCCCUACAAUGAUACCAGAGGCUGUUGCAUCUCAUGAUCUUUGGAUCUGGCACACUUUCUUUGGUAUGCCUAGUUCGCUUAAUGACAUCAACGUCCUGCGUCGUUCUCCCCUUUUCGACAGACUCACUUCUGGGACGGCACCUCAGUUGGAAUACACAGUCAAUGGAAACAAGUACACGAUGGGGUACUAUCUCGCUGACGGGAUAUAUCCUACUUGGGCGACAUUUGUCAAAGCUUUCCGAAAGCCGCAGGGGAACAAGAAAGUUCACGGCGACACAAGAAGCUGCAAGAAAAAGAUGUAG